AGAGAUGCCUGUGCCAAACAUGGUUGUAGUUUUUGAUCCAUUUGUAGUGCAUACACUGUUUUUCAUAUACAGCACCAUGCUUUUAGCUAUGGAAUGGCAGUACCUUAAAUAAUUUUGUUUUCAUGAAGGGACCCAGGGGAGAGCGUGGAGCAGAUGGUUUACCAGGCAAGCCUGGACCCAAGGGUGAUGAAGGGCCUCCUGGACCAAGAGGUCCUCCAGGGGAGAGAGGAGAAUCUGGUGCAUCCGGACAACCAGGUGCUGAUGGCAUCAGAGGGGAUAGGGGUGUUCCGGGAGAAAGAGGAGUGGAGGGACCACUUGGGCCAAAAGGUGAAAAGGGUGACAAGGGUGAAGUUGGUCAAAGGGGACCUCCUGGGAUUCCAGGAAAUGUUGCAGAAGUCAUCCCUGAGCCUGGGGAACCCGGUAAACCUGGAGGGAAAGGAGAAAAAGGGGAUCAAGGAAAACAGGGAGAGACGGGGGAACGAGGGUUACCUGGUGAACAAGGCUUUAGAGGACUGCCGGGACUACCUGGUCCAAAGGGAGAUACUGGCCUCACAGGGGAGAUGGGUCGUGUUGGAGACCCUGGUCCACCUGGUGCAGCAGGUUCUCAGGGCCCCCAAGGAUUACCAGGAAAUGCGGGCAUCCCAGGAAUCAUAGGCCCUCCUGGUCCAAUUGGGCAACGAGGAGACAAGGGUGAAGCAGGCAAACCAGGACAAUUAGGACCUAUAGGCCCACCAGGAGAGCCCGGUUUGAUUGGACCUCCUGGACCACCAGGGAAAGGAAAAGAUGGACAAAGAGGAGAGGCAGGACCACCGGGGAUUCAAGGACCACCUGGAGUGAAGGGCCAACCCGGACCUCGAGGGCAGCCCGGGUUACCAGGGGACCAGGGACCUGCUGGUGAAGGGAAGGAGGGGGCACCGGGGCCUCCAGGGAAAAAUGGGGAGCAAGGCCCUUCAGGUUUGAGGGGUCCGCCAGGACUUCCUGGUCCUCUGGGUCCAGCAGGGCACAAUGGUUUGCCAGGGCGGCCCGGAGAGAAGGGGUCGCCUGGAGAGCCUGGCAAGUCAGCAGAUAUUUCUGACUUGGAUCUGAAGGGUGUUUGCUCAGACUGCCCUGCAGGUCCACCUGGGCCACCUGGACUGCCAGGAGUCCCUGGAGAAAAGGGACACCAGGGCACCCCUGGGAAAGAUGGACAAGAUGGGUACCAGGGUCCAUCUGGGCCCCCAGGACCUCCUGGGUCUCCCGGAGGUGAUGGAGUAAAGGGCAUAAAGGGGGACCAAGGCCCUGCUGGGAGUCCUGGGGAAAAAGGAGAAAAGGGCCACUCUGGACCCCCUGGUCAUCCAGGUCCUUCUGGUUUAAUGGGCACACCUGGCAAUGAUGGACAACCUGGUCCUGCUGGACCCCCAGGGCUCCCAGGAGAAAAGGGCAAAGAGGGUCUCAAAGGAAUCCAAGGACCGCCUGGUCUCCCUGGCUUAAUAGGUCAGCCGGGGAAAAUGGGCAAAGAUGGCCGACCAGGGGAACCAGGAGAAGCUGGUAAGCAAGGAGAACCUGGGCCUCCAGGAAACCCUGGACUCCGGGGACUUCCUGGGUUCAAAGGGCAUCGAGGAGAAGCUGGAGUUCCAGGAAGCAAGGGUGAAGAUGGAAAGCCUGGAUCACCGGGUCGAGACGGCAAACCUGGAGUAGAGGGCCCUAAGGGACUUCCAGGGCCAGAUGGACUCACUGGACACAGAGGAGAACCUGGCAAGCCUGGAGAACCAGGACCAUCAGGAAAAUCCGGUCUCCCCGGCACACCGGGUCAAAGAGGAGACAAAGGAGAACCUGGCAACCCAGGAUUACCGGGUUUCAGCGGGCCGAAGGGACCAGCGGGUCCACCUGGUCCCUUUGGCCCAGAGGGAAAACAGGGAGUGCCAGGCAGAGCUGGUGAUCGUGGUCUCAAAGGAGAGAAGGGUGACCAUGGCACAAAAGGGGAAAAAGGACAAUCUGGAGAUCCUGGUAUCCCAGGAAAUCCAGGUCCCCCAGGCAGAAAGGGCCACACAGGGAUGAUGGGUAUGUCUGGACCACCAGGUGAAAUUGGUGCCCCCGGGUCACAGGGACCUUCAGGAAACCCCGGUCUGCCAGGACCCAGGGGAGAGUCCGUGUCACUGGAGCAGAUGAGAAGGCUCAUCCAAGAGGAGCUGGCAAAACAAAUAGAUGCCAAACUGGCUUACCUCAUGGCUCAGAUCCAGCCAUCCCAUGUAAAGAGUACAGCUGGUCGACCAGGUCCCCCAGGGCCUCCUGGUAAGGAUGGCAGUUCUGGACGAGCAGGACCUCCUGGAGAGCCGGGUAUGCCUGGACAAAAUGGAGGAGAAGGACCCAGAGGACCUAUGGGUCCCAAAGGGGAAAAGGGACCAAGAGGAGAAAAAGGAGAGCCUGGUAUUGGUGAAAGAGGAGAGCGGGGUCCUACUGGUCCAAUAGGUCCAGCCGGUCUUCCUGGAUACGGUAAGGACGGAAGUCCAGGACAAGCUGGAGCUCAGGGAGAGCCAGGAAACCCUGGUCCUCAUGGUCAACCAGGACCUCCAGGCCCUCCUGGCCAGUGUGAUCCCACCCAGUGUGCCUACUAUGCCAGCCUGGCACAAAGACCCCACAACAAAAAUGUGAAGGGAACUUAAAAAGGAGCACACUCACAGAACUGGAAGUCCAUUUGUAUUUAUGAACACUGUUAAGUCAGUUUGAAGUUUGAUUUGAGACCUUUUUUUUCUCUUUUUCAAAUUCACCUCAGUAUGACGGGUGGAAGCAACAGGUGCUGCCGGUCAGAUACUUUGUUAUGUUGUGUGGUGCCAAAUCUGGGAUGGUGGGGGAUUAAGGAAAUUCUCAGAUUGCAGGACACAGAGGGCAGCUACAGUUUGUUGUCGUCUGUUUUGUAUAACUUUAAUUUAAAAUUUUUUUUUACCAGCGUGCCUGUUGCACGAAGUGAAGAUAACCAGGAUUUUGCAACCAUGUUUACUUUUAAGAGUUUUCUGCCCACUCUCCAUAACCACCGUCCCCCAGAGCCCGAUUAUUAAAUACAUUUAUUACCAAGAAUCUUCUAAUCAGUCCGAUAGUUGCACAGUCAUGGAAUUUUCUUUCUCUCAUGAUCAAGUUUCUUAUCUCUCUCAUCAAUUUUUGAUGGGGGAGUGGACAGAAUGAAGAAGUGAUUUUUUAAUUGGUGAGUGUGGAACGUGAUGAAUGGCCACAUUUACGCACGUUUUACCUUCAUUGCCAUAGUGGUGUUGUUUUUCUACUUUGCUGUGGAUAGUCUUGACAUGCUCCGAGAACUCUAACCUCUAAACAAACCAUAAAUCUGUUUAAUUUAUUAUAUAUGGCACGUCUGAUUGAUUUAGACAGGAGGAAAAAAUAGAUUCAGAUCAGCCUAGUGGUCAACGAAUUGAUUCAUUGAUGGUCCUUGUAAAGAUUGAACUUUUAAAAUUGAAUCUUCUUGACUUGCUGUGAUCCUUACAUGUGCACAUGACACAACAAUUUCCCUCGAGAUAAAUAAAGUUCUUAUCUUAUCCACAAUAUUUCUUUUGAAGAACCAGUCAAGACAGGAAAAAAUUGUUAUAGCUAAAUCAGUCAUUUCAAUUUCAUUGAUGUCAAUCUUUCAAAGUCACCAGUACGCAUGUACAGUAAACCAGGAGGAACAUUUGGUGUAACUGCAGCCUGUGCUAUUUUGUUUUCACAGUAAUGCUUGAUUCUUUAAACUCUGUUUGUCAAAACUUGUUAGCUUGCUGCUCCCUGCCAAGACCCACAAAGCUUGUGGAUUUUCUAAUUUGACCCCUCUAGAAUCAAAAGUUAGCAAACAAUGUUUGCCUUUGAUGUCCUGACCUUUGUGAUAACCAUUUGAGAGACAUGCCAUAUUAACUUUUAACAGGUUAAAAGUCAUACGUUUGCAUUCAUUCAUAAAUAUAAUAAAUACCCUAAAGGUGUGGAACACUGAAAAACUAUUUUAAAAUCUUAUUUCUGAUUAGAAUCGGUCACUCAGACUUUUACAUGCAGGCCGUCACAUUGGUCUUUGUUAAGACUCCAAAUUCAGCCGUGUUUAGCUCAGCUGUGAUGUGGCUCAAUUACAGUUCUUGAAAAUAGUGUACCGGUGCCCCCACCCUACCCCAGAGUACGACUUACAGGACAUUCAUUCCUGCUAGAGACCACUGCAAAUAUAUUGAUUAAAUGAGUAUUCCACACCUUUAAGUUAUAAUCUGUGCCAGUCGAGAGAUCUACAGAAUGUCUCUGUGUCAAGGUUUCACAGUGUUGCUAACAAUGCUUGUUAGCAUGUGAAGCAUGUGGCCAUGACACUAGUUAUGAACCUUUAUUUCUACUGUCGACACGAGAUUCAGCAACAGAAAGAUUCAAAAGGUAUUUUUUGUUGAAUAUAGUGACAUGUUUUUAUAAACCUAACUGGUUACAUUAGUAAAAACCAACAGAAGUGGGUCUUUGCCCAGCUGAAUAUGGAUCCAGUUUCAAAGGCUUAACAGUUUGGUUCAAAACCAUUUCCGUAUAAUAAAUGUAAAAUAAAGUACUGCACAUGUUAUGGUUUUCUGAUUAGAACUUGGUUGAGAUAAAAAAAAAGAAGUAAACAGAAUGGCAUUUCAGACUUUUUCUGUUGUUUAUCAUUUAAAGUCAUCUGAAAUUGCCAGCUAAUUCAGGCCAGUCAUAGUGUUGUACCAGAUCUCUCCACAAGAAGGGACUCAUUAGGAAUAAGUUGGUUCAAAAUGUUUGAAAAAAAUGAACCUGACAUAAAAUUCUAUCGUGUUUCUGAUGAUGGCCAAUGUUAAGUCAGUUUAUACUAUCACCAUAUUUUCAAUACGUUUUGAAUAUUAUGGUAAAACGGUAUAACCAGCCACUGUCAUUGAUUCCCUCUGAUCAUUCUGCUGAUAAACGUUAAGCAAAAAUUAUUAUAGACCUAAAGAAGGCUUAAAAUAUUUUGUCUUAAAAUACUUUGGUUUAAUGUCGUUAACCAAAUGUGAUUGAGUAAGAAGGCCAGAUGUUAAAUUCAGUUACUCAAAAAAAAAAAUACAAUUUUAUAGACAACAUUUAAGAAUAUGGCACUUAAAAACAUCUUGUUUGGUUCAAUACAUUUGGCACCAACUUUCACUGUUUAACAUAGCAUUCAGCUAGCAUAGCUGCUUUGGCAAUAUCAACACAAAUGAAAUGUAUUUUUUAUUGUAUUUACAUUUGAAUGCAUUUCUAAUUAAUUUCACAUUAAUAACUCGACAAACUGUACUUUUAUCUUUAAGUUCAACUCCACCAAUGAGAUCUGUGCUGGCUUCAGAGCCGCUCUUGGUUACAUGCUAACAUGCUGGUUAGCUAAAGUAAAUGACGCUCUAGCAGCUUCGGGAUAACAGAAAAAAGCUUGAAAUGCAACAAAACCAAAAUAUUCAGAAUCAAAUGACUUGUUAGCUUUAACAUCUUUUAGCUGUUUCUGUAGCAGCAGACCUCUUAACAAGCAGUAAAUAUUACUAUUUAGUGAUUUUUUGGGGGGUGUUCAAUUUUAGUUACGAUUUACGGAUUUAAUAGAAAUCCGUUUUAUGUUGCUGGAAAUAAAGCUACGUCAUCAGCAUGACAUAUUCUAAGUUAUAUUGUUAAAUUAUUCAUAAUUUUAGCAAAUACGUGUGUUCAAGUUAUUUUGUCCUCAUGCUAUCCUGAUAAAUUGGUGCUAUAUAAUAAACCCCUCAGCAAAAUGUAAGUAGUUGAACUGUACUGUAAAAUAAAGACAAACUAUUAGACACAAGGCUUUUAUUUGUUGAGAACUUCUUAUACUUUUUAUAUUCUCACUAGCAAUUUUCCUUUUAAACAAAUUGUACAUUAUUCACUGUCAGCAUGAAUUGUUUUUGUUGGACUUUCACCAUUUCAAAGUGUUCAUUGUUCUUCUGGCAUCCAUCAUGUUGGUGUCUGUAGGUUGACCAUGAAAAUAAAGCAAUGAUCUUUUGCUAGAUCAAAUUUCA